AUGACCGCGUACCAUGACACUUUGAGACAAGUCCGCGAGGCGAUCGAGACGGCGGCGGACGACCGCUGCACAGGGACCGGCGCAGACGCUCGCGCACACGCAGACACGGUGCUCCUGGCGGUUACGCUGCUGGCCAUUCACGGUCCACCGGUGGAUACGCAGGGCAGCACGCUCGUCGGACCGCAGCAGAUGAAGGAUUAUGAGUAUUAUGGCAGCAGGACGUGGGAGCCGACGCAUCUGCAUGCGCUCUUGUGCUUGACCAAGCAGAGGGGUGGGCUUCGGCAUGUUGGAAUGCAGUCUCUUGCUGGGAUGAUCCUCACAAUCGAUCUGGUAGACUCGAUGUUGACGCUGAGAGAACCGACGUUCCCACUGUUCUUCCCUCCCGGUCCCCUGCUCGAAUCCCUCCGUUCCAUUGCACCUCUUACGGGUGAAGUGUCUCAGGGGUUCCGGUUCUUGAGGAACAGACGCCAUGGCCAGCGGUUCGUGUCCAUCACCCAGGACGUGCAUGCGUUGUUGAACGCAUAUAGCAGGGUCCUCCAGGAUGCUGCCGCCGGCGUAGACUUUGGGCAAUUGGUCGCGACGUGGCGUCUCCUGCAGCAUCAAGCGCUCACCGUGGUGACUGGGGGCGACCUCCUCUUCAAUCUCUGUCGGGCAGCGGUCGUGGUCUUUCUGGCCGAAUGCCUCGAGCCGUUGCCCGUUGUUGGCGCCUUCCACCGAAACAGCUCCCGCAGCUUGAUGUUGUUGAUCGACGAGUGUGACAAGCGUGACUGCUGGCUGUCGUGUCCCGACCUGCUGCUUUGGGCCAGCAUCCUCGGCGGGUACGUCAGUCGGGGGUCCGCGCUUCGCCCGUGGUACAUCCAACAGCUUCGCAGCAGUCCAAUAGCUGUGCAAAAGGAGCGGUGGGCCGAGGUCCUGCGUUUAGCGGAUGGAUUCCUCCCCUUCAGGCAUCGACAGGCAGACGGUUGCGUCGAGUUCUGGAGGGAGGCGUGCGAAUGGCUGACUCCACCCAGCGCCGUUCAUAGUUGA